AGCAGAUCAGGCAAGGUGUAAAAUAAAUGGAAAUUGGUAAACAUUUGGAGUGGAUCUACAGCUGAAGCUUGUGUCAGAUUCAGAGUUGUUGAAGCCAAACUCAGAUCCUUCAGAGGCUGUCCAAAUGGCAUCCAAUAUCACCACCACCACCUUCCAGUCCUCCUCUGCAUCCUUUUCUCUGCCUAUCAGUGCCUCAGCCAUGGCUGGGAUCGCCAUCCUGACCAUGGCGUUUGUGCUGGGCUUCCCCGGAAACCUAUUUGUUGUUUGGUCGGUGCUCUGCCAUGUGAAGAAGCGCUCAGUGACCUGUCUGUUGGUGCUUAAUCUGGCACUGGCAGACGCUUUUGUGCUACUCAGUGCCCCUUUUUUCCUGCGCUUCCUGGCUGGAGGCAAGGGCUGGGAGUUUGGCUCGGCAGCAUGCAAGCUGGUGCAUUACCUUUCAAGUGUGAACAUGUAUGUGUCCAUUUACCUCAUCUGCCUGAUGAGUAUGGAUCGCUGGCUGGCCGUAACAAGGCCUUUUCUCUCCCAGAGAAUGAGAACCAAGCGUUCCCUGCUGGUUCUCCUGCUGGCGGUCUGGGUGUUAGCUUUCAUCCUGUCACUGCCGAUGCCUUUCUAUCGCAGUAAUCUGAAGAAGACACUACCAAACAACAUCACUCUGAGCUUUUGCAAGUCAUACCACUGGGGCAGCACAGGUCACCGGGUCUUCCAGUACCUGUUUGAGACUAUCAUGGGCUGCCUGGUGCCUUUCUCCCUCAUCAAUACCUGUUACUCCUCCGUCAUCUGCCGUCUGCAAAGCGCAAAGUUCCACCUUAAAGGGCAAGGCAGCCGCCUCAUCCUGCUGAUCAUCAGUGCCUUUGCAAUAUUCUGGCUGCCCUAUCACAUCGUCAACAUCAUAGAGGUGGUCGGUCUAUGUGCGAGCAAUGAUUCAGUGAUCAAGGCGGCCCUUACAGCGCGUCCAAAUGUCACAGCCUUUGCUUACUUCAGCAGCGCUGUCAACCCCAUUCUCUACGUGUUUGCUGGCAGCUCCCACAUCCGCCAGGCCGGCCUCAGCUUCAUGGGCAAGCUCUUUGAGGCCACCAACUCGGAGAGCAGGAGCGUAUCUACCUUCAGCCGUAGUGUCCAUAUGAGCCGCAGCAGCUCUUCACCGGAUGAGAGCUCUGUCCUGUACACGCUAUCGGUCAAACUGGGGAAGUCUUUCAAAAGCAAGAACCAGGAGAGGAGCAGCAGUGUGGCAGGCAAUGAGUUCAAUGAGCCUGAACUCAAAACUCUGGCCAAUAUUGAGGAGCUAGAGUAGCACUUCAUCUAUGCUCCAAACCCAAGACAUUUUUCCUGGGCUACACUUCUUCAUUAAUUAAUUAUACACAAACAAGCCUUAACUUUCAUGACUUUAGAAAUUAGACUGAAAAAUGUUACCUAUGCAGUCAUAAAACCUGUCAACAGAAUCUACAUUUCAUAGUUGAAGAACCAACACCUGGCAAUGUCACACAAUCAUGAAAAGAAGUACAGACUCGCAGAGCCAUUAGCAUGGCCGUCUUGUUCAAAGAACGACUGUUCACAGGUAAAGCCAUAACCCCAAAAAAACAUUUUCCUUGUUUUUCUUUCCUUGUUUCAGAAAUGUACAAAAUAAUUAUCAUGUGUCUGCAGAGUUCAUAUAUUUUUAAUCACUGCCUCUUUUUGUCAAAUAAAAAUAAUGUUUAAAUUUGUGGUCACACACAUGACCACAUAUCUCUUACAUGUAGGAAUUACAAUGUUGUUUUUAUUUUUUAUAGAAAUGUGUAUGGUAA